CGAGUUGGCUGGACAACGCCUUGCUAUAGCAGCACACGCGCGCGACGCACGACGCAACGCGCGCGACGAGGCAGCCCGUCCAGAGCGACCGGCCGCCGACGCGCGGGCAGCCAGCGGCCCGGCACCAAGCGAGACACAGCCAAGACACAGCGCCAUGGCCACACCAAGCAAGACCACGACGCGGGGCGCCGCCUCGCCCUGGUCCCUCCACGCCAACGCCCUCAACCUCAUGGCGCAAAGAGGAGAAACCACAGCGAUGAAAAGAGCUAUUGACAGCGGCGCGGACAUCAACGAAUGCGAUCGGGACUGGUUCCCGCUCAUGAUGGCCGUAUAUCUCGGCGUCCUGCGGUGCCUUCACGCCAUCGACGCACGUCGUCUCCAGGAGAGGAGGCCGGGGGUGGUUUCUUUUUCGAAUUUGAGGCCGUUCGGACCGAACCGCGAUGCUCCGCGCAGGUCGCGACCAAUAAUGAAGAAGUCGUGUCGCUGCUGCUGCGAAAUGGGGCGGAAGUCGACAAGACCGAUUCCGCGGGUUUGACUUCGUUGGCUUUAGCUGUCCAGGAGGGCCAUGUAAAACCGAUGACCAUGCUCUUAGAACAUGGGGCCGGCGUCGAUCGGUGCAAUGUGAGUGGGACGGCGCCCUUGUUCCUGGCUUGUAGCAAUGGUGACGAAGAGGCCGUGAAAGUUUUGGUCGAGCACGGGGCCGACGUGAACCUGCGCAAAAGACAAACAGGGGCGACGCCGCUCCAUGCGGCGGUGCGUCGGGGUGCUUCCGACGUUUGUAGAUUCUUACUGUGUCACGGGGCCGACGCGAACAUCGCCGACGAAAGCGGCGCGACGCCAUUGUUGGCUGCUGUGGAAAAUGAAGCUCCCGUACAGAGUUCUCCGGUCAGAACUAGACGUAGGCGAGGGAGGCGUAUUGAGCCAUUACGAGACUUUCCGGAGACGCUGAGAGAUGCUCUAUGUGAAACACUACUCGCGGGCGGCGCCGACGCCGACCAGACGUCAGAAAACCAUACGCCCCUGACGGCGUCGUGCCAGCGAGGUUCCUUAGUAUUAGCGAAGAGGCUACUAGAUGUGGGGGCCGACGCGAACAGUGUCGACGGGCAGGGGCGGCCGCCUCUACUCGUGGCGGCUUCGUUAGCUGAAGGUGAUGAUGCGUUAUGUAAAUUGCUCCUCCAGAAGGGGGCCCAAGUGGACGGGACCGAUGGAAAGGGCGCCACACCCUUACACGCGGCCGUGUAUCGAGGUCGAUUGGGUCUCGUACGCCUGUUAUUGUCACACGGCGCGGACGUCAACGCGGCCACGCGAUCCAAGGAAGAAUUGGAGCUCUGCGGCAUCAUGGAGGAGGAGGACGGGGCCGAGACGUUGACGUUUCCUCCCCAAUUUACUCCUUUGCGUUUGGCGACUUGUGCGGAGGAGAGCGAAGCAUCUCAUGCAAUCUUAGAUGAAUUAGUAAGCGCGGGAGCGGUCGAGGUCUUAGAUGAGCAAGAUAUAAGGAGCCCGGACGACGUGGCAAGAUGGUUUAGAGUGCAGUCUUGGCACGGGCCUCUGGCUACCGACGCGAUCUGCGACCGACUGGCGAACGGGUCACAGACGACGCAACCGGUCUCGGCUGCAGAACUGUUCAGUUUAAGUGAGGUCGAAUUGGAUGCGUUACUAAGUCUGGACGAGGUGAAUAAGUCCCUCAGAUUCGUCGAGACGACGAAAAGGCAGCUCAGUACAUCUCUCAAACCGCAGCUCGCCUCGCGACUCUGGCACCGUAAAAUACAAAGACACGCCCUGUUACAGCGAGACCGGGACGAGCGCAUCAAAGUCUCGACGGUUGUAGGCACGGAGAGCGACACGGCGCUGCACGAUCCCCCGGAUAAUGAGAACGCUCGUUCAGAAGUAGUACGGGGCUUGCGAUCCGCGGCGGCGGCCUACGCGCGGGCUACUGCCAGAAGAGUGGUGGAGGGCGACGACGUUCUCUCGCCGGAGCCUGAUUUAAAUGAGAUGCGUUCUUGUCUAGAUAGUGCGGCGCAAGUCUGUUCCGACGAGCACCGGCGCCUGUCGGAAGUGCGCGAAGCUUUACGGACGCAGAAGUACGAGGCGCUGGGGUCUAGAUGGUCUUCCCUCAUAGAGGCCUCUGAUAGGUGUCGGCGGAACCCCGCGAGUAUGCCAGCACAACCACCCCCGAGAGCCGACGCGACGAGCUCGUGGUGGCGCGCGGAUCAUGCUGUUGAGGACUGUCCCUUCGAUGCCGACUCGGGUGAUGCCGCGCGGAAGCUGCACUUGCGAGCUCGCGCGGCCGCGGCGCGGCCUGUACUAUACGGAGCGUUGCAGGCCGUCGUCGAUCAGAUCAACGCGGCGGCGCACCCCUGCGAGUUGGGCCUGUCGGGCCUGGUCUUUCCUUUACCUUUUGCCGAUGAAAGGGCGCUAUUGGUGGGUGGCACUCGAAGGUGCGACCUGGUGGCCGUGCCGACGCGGCCGCCUCGGUCUGCCGAUAGUACGGCGGCCUGCGUCUCAUGUCGAGUGGAGGCCGAGGAUCCCUAUGUAUUGGCAUGUCUCUGCGCUUUGUUAGAUAAGGGCGACUUGCCGUUGCGAGUGGAAAGGUCUCGAGCUAGGUUGUUGGAGCGGCAGGCUCAUCCAUGGGAAAGGACCUCGGUGGACCUGCAAGUCACCGUAACCUACCCGGCGGACCCCGACGCCUACAAGGGGACGAGCGUCGAGGCGCCUCCCUCCACAGAAGAGGAGGAGGAGGCCGUGCCGCCGCCGGAGACGGUGCCCUCCGAGGAGGAGACUGCUAUCGAAGACGCGCCCGUGCCGGCGCCCGAGGAAGCGCCGUCUGACGACGUCGUGGCGGAGAGCCCGGGGCGCCUGAAGGACGUCGUCGAGCGCGUCAUGGACGGCGAAGUUGUGGAGGAGCCGGCGCCGCCGGCCUUCGACGAGUCGCUCGCGGGCGCGGACCUGGCUCUCGCGACCAUCAGGUUGGGCCUGGCGUCCUACAACGCGCUCGAGACGCACGACGAGCCGUUCCGGCGGAUCGCGUCGUUGGACGAGGCCCAGCGACGCAAGCACCUCUUCUCGCACAAAUUACCGUUCUUAGAUCCGGACACGUGGCAGCUGCGGACGCCCGAGGAUUUGGAGAGGUUACGUCAUCAACGGGGCGCCGAGGUCGUCCAGGAGGACGACGUCGAUAAGCUGCGCGCGAGCAACGCGGCGCAGCACGACAAGAUCGUGUUGAUGCGCCGGGCCGCCGCGAAAAGUAAAAGGGACCACGCCGAUGAGGUGGCGAAGACGUCGGAAGAACUAAGCGCGACGCGCGACGCCCUGGAGCGGGCGACGGCGGCUUUAGCUGCGCGGUCCGAGGACGUGGCCGCGUUGGAGGCCGAGCUCGCGCGGCUGCGCGCGGCGCCCGCGGCGCCGGCGUCGCCCGCCAAGGCGCCGUCGCCCGUCAAGCCGUCGCCGGCGCAGCGGCGGCGCAAGACGGGCGUCGCCGUCCAGGCGUCGACGCGCAUGCGGCGCGGUGGCGCGCGCGUCGCGCCUGGUUCUGGGUCCUAA